AUGAAUCAAACUAAUAUGCAGUUUGGAUUUACUGAAGGGCUCUCCCCAAAUAUGGCCUCACUUAUUAUAUCUGAAGUGUGCUCUGAAAUUUCAGGAAAGAAUAAAUCACUUUUUAUCUCGACUCUUGAUAGCCAAAAAGCAUUCGAUGUUGUUAACCAUCAAAUAUUAUUGGACAAAAUGUAUUUUCUUGGCAUGGAUAUUCAGUUCUGGGACAUAAUCGAAGAUCUAUAUGAGGAUAUAACAUCUACUGUGAAAUGGCAAAGAGAUCAAAGCUUUAGCUUUCUGAUUGAACAGGGCGUAAGACAAGGAGGAGUAUUGUCAACUCAUCUCUAUAAACAAUAUAUUAAUGAACUACUAUGCAAUCUAGAAAAACAUGGAAUUGGUAUAUCGAUUGGGAACACCUAUGCAGGAUGCCCUACAUGUGCUGACGAUAUCGUCUUACUCUCAUAUGAUCAUACAGAAAUGCAAGAAAUGUUGGACACCGUGUAUACAUAUGCUGGAGACCAUAAAUUUCAAAUACAUCCUGUAAAGAGUAAUACCAUUAUCAAGAAUAUUACUAAGCAAAAAUCAGAGAACUUCCAUAAUAAUUUAGACAGUCUUAAACUUGGACAAAAUGAUAUAGAUAUCAAUUCUGACACCACAGACCUUAGUCUGAAGAGAACUACUUCUGAUGACAGUAAAAUUAAUGUUGACGAAAGAAUAACAUUGGCUAGGAGAACUUUAUACUCAUUGAUUAAAAGUGGAGUCCAUGGAACAAAUGGACUAAAUCCUAGAACCUCCGUCAAAAUUUACCAAAUAUAUGUCAUCCCAAGAUUAUUGUAUGGACUUGAAACUAUACACAUUCAAAACAAGGACAUGGUCUCACACUGCAGCCUCCAUCUAAGCACACUAAAACACCUCCAAUCCUUGCCAAAUAGACCAGCUACCUCAGCAGUAUAUCUCUUAGUUGGCGCUAUUCCAAUUGCCGCAGAAAUCCACAAAAGACAGUUAAGUCUCUUACAUUCGAUUGCUAUGAGUGAUAACAUAUCUAUCAAAGAAAUAGCUCGUAGACAACAUAUAAGUGGAAAACCAACUAGCUUCUUUGUUAAAAUACAAGACGUACUCACUAUGUACCAACUGACUUCAUUCAGUGAAAUAAUGAACGGCCAUUUCAAUAAACUAGAUUGGAAAAAAUUGUCAGAACAUCAAUCAAUUCAUAUUGGACUUCUAAAUUAA